CCGAACUAAAUUCCCGUCUAUCUUCACACCCUUUUUCUUCUUAUCUCCCCCUUUCUCUAGCCCCUGCAACUCAUUUUUCUUCAUUCUUUUCUCUCUCUACACAUCCCAAAACCAGCAAUUUUUAAGAACUGGGUUUUGUUGAUUUCUUCAUAAUCCCGGUGAGAAAAUUAUAAAUUGGGUUUUGGGUUUCGGAUUUGUAGAUGAAGAAAUAUACAAAAGAGUAAAUUUCGCCUACAAAUCAUAAUUUCUUACCAAAAAUGUUAACCCCUUAUGCUCCUUUAAUUUUACCCUUUUCAAAACCCAUGUCUCACCGUUCUCUUAUCGGCGCUAAUCAUACUUCUGCUCGUUUCUGUUCUCGGUAAUCCCAUCUUUUCUAUUUUCCAAUAUUAGCUUCUUUCACUUUUGUAUUUUCCAAUUUUUGUUGAUAAUAUUUACAAAAAAUACACAAGAAUACGUUGUUUGAUGGAUCAUAGUACGGGAAAGCCGGGUUUUUUAAGGAAUGUGUUGGUUCGUUUGUUUCUAUUUUGUGUUGUGAUUCUUGGUUGUCGGUUUGCUUACGUGGUGACUCUCAAAGGCGAAACCUGUGACCUCGGCGAUUUUUGUUUCUUUUCCCUGCCCGAAAAUCUGAAUGUUAUUACCUCCGGCGUCGGGCAGCUGACCGAGUCUGUAUCAGCGGUCAUGACGACAAGCGAAAAAUCUGCUCCGGCGAAGCCCAAACUUCCCGAUCUAUGGACCAGACCAGAUUUCCAAAAAUCGGCCCGUUUCCAUUCUUCUGUGUUUCAGGAUCUUGUUGCAGAGGGGUUUUUGAGCCCGAAUUCAAAGACCCUUUGCGUUGAAACUCCAGUAGGUGCUGAUGUUUUCGCUUUAAAGGAAAUUGGGAUCGCCGACUCAGUUGGGAUAUACAAGAAAGGCUCAAAGCCUUUGGUUAUUACAGGUAAAGCUGUUAAACAGCCUUUUGAAGAUAAUACAUUUGAUUUCAUAUUUUCCGGUGCCGGAAUGAUAGAUAAGUCGACGAAGCCAGGGGAUUUCGCGGCGGAGAUUUGUCGGACUCUGAAACCCGAAGGGUUUUUGGUGGUCCAUACAACAGGUUCUAAAGAUACGUACAGUUUCAAUUCAUUCCUUCAUUUGUUUAACUGUUGUACAUUGAUUAAGUCUAGGAAUAUUGAUGGUUUUGAUUCAAAUACUAUUCGUGAGAUUGUUAUGAAAAAGGUUGUUUUUGGGGAUGUAAAUGUUGAAGAAAAAGUGAGUAGUGAUUCGAAGAACAAAUGUAAUGUUCCGGAUUAUAAACUGAAGCUGGUUAAAAAAGCUGAGCCUUUGAUUAAAGAGGAACCUAAGAAACCAUGGAUUACUCUAAAGAAGAAUGCACAGAAAAUAAAGUACUUGUCGUCCAUGGCGGAUAUAAGUUUUAAGCAGAGGUAUGUGUAUGUUGAUGUUGGGGCGAGGAGUUACGGUUCGAGCAUUGUGAGUUGGUUUAAGAAGCAGUAUCCGAAACAGAACAAGACAUUUGAGAUAUAUGCUAUUGAGGCUGACAAGACUUUCCACGGGCAGUAUGAGGGUAAAAAAGGGGUGACUUUGUUGCCCUAUGCUGCUUGGGUGAGGAAUGAGACGUUGUCGUUUGAGAUUAAUCAAGACCCGGGUCAUAAAGACGUGGCGAAAGGGCGAGGGAUGGGAAGAAUUCAACCUGUUGAAUCUUCUAGUAACUCUGCAAGUGAGGUGGAUUUGAUCCAAGGUUUUGACUUUGCUGAAUGGUUGAAGAGCAGUGUAUCGGAGAGGGAUUAUGUCGUGAUGAAGAUGGACGUUGAAGGCACUGAAUUUGAUUUGAUUCCCAGAUUGUUUGAAACCGGGGCAAUUUGCCUGAUUGAUGAAGUUUUUCUUGAAUGCCAUUACAAUAGGUGGCAGAAAUGCUGUCCUGGGGAGAGGUCUUCUAAGUAUGAGCAUACAUAUGGCCAAUGCUUGGAUCUCUUUACUUCUCUAAGAGAAAGUGGAGUUCUUGUUCAUCAGUGGUGGUGAUCUUCAAUAAUCCAGCAUAGUUUCAGUAGCUUUAGUUUUUUCUUAUUUCUCUUUGUAAUUCUCACACAAGCAGGAAAAAUGUCAUCCUUUUUAUACAUCUCGUUGUAGUCAAAUAUCAUCUGUAUCACGUUCGUGUUGUUUAAUUCAUUUGCUUGUACAAUAACAGUUGUGAGUACACAACUAUGUGUUAGCUAGCACGUAGAUAUAGAGUAAAAAGGUUCAGCUGAGAUACGUUACUUCUUUUUUUCUGUUUCAAUUCAGACAAGUUGGACAAAAUUUGCAUGAA